CAUCGUGCUGCUCGUGGAGCCGGGGAGCGCUGUGCUGGUGCUGCUGACGUCAUCUGCAGAUCAGAGGCGUGCAGAUCAGGGCUCGCGCUGUGCCGGCACUCCGGCUCGUUUCCAGGCACCGGGAAGCGCCGCGGCUGUUCCCUGCCGUAUCCUCUUAUGUCAGCAACAUUUGGAUGACUCAGCCCUGAUUCAGUCUGCGCUUUCCCUGUGCUGUGCCUGGCCUCCUCUUGCAAGUGCGGCCCAGAACAGCCUCUGCUGUAUGGAGGAAUGAGGAAGCAGAGCCUCGUUUAUUUGAUAAUGAGCAAUCAAAGGCAUCGUGCUACUCCAUGUAGUGCUGGGGUGACAGUGGGAUGGGGAACAGGAGCUCCCCAUCUCCCCUGCCUUCUUCAGCCCAUCCCCCACUUGGCUGGGGAGGCCCGUGCCGAAGCGCUGGCAGCAGUGAUGCGCAGUGGCUGCUGUCACCCCCAGGGUGUGUGCAGCAGCUGAGCUGGAGCACUGCCUGGCAAAACGCUGGGACAGGCAUUGCCGGACAGCUGGGCUCAGGUCUGUUCUUGACCCUUCUCGGCAGGGUCUGUCUGAAGUUUUCCUCCUGACUUCUGCCAGUGCUUAGAAGGCAGUGCCAAGGCCUAGACGGCAGCUUUGCCUCAGAGAAGCUUAAGUGGGAGUGUUCACCAUUAGAAGUGCAGAGCAUCUGCAGCUGAUGGCAGAGAUUGUCAGGGGCCCAGAGAACACUUGGGCUUCUCUUACCAGAAUCAGCAGGAGUCAGCACUGUGGCUCUGCCUGUGCACAGCUGUUGGCAUGGGUAAGGUGCUCUGAGUACAUCUGACCAUCUCUAAGCAGACUCAGAGGUAAGGUGCUUGAUUUUUCAAUGGCACCGCCACUGAUAAAUUAUGAAUAUUGAUUAUGUCCUCAGUGCAAAAUAGGAGCAUUAAAGAUAGCAUUAAAAUCCCUUUAGAGGAGUGCUCAUGGGUGCACUUGCAGAGUGCCACAGGCAUGAGCUGCUGUACCCUGACCACUGCCGGCCCCAGCACCUCCUCUGUCAGCCUGUGUGCUGCUGUGGGUGAGAGAUGCUCCCUGGACAGGCAGAGGGAGGAGAUAAUUUUAAACCUGGCAGAUUAUUCGGUAACGAAGUUAAGAGUCCCUGGCACCGUGUAUUCCUGGACCUCUAGGCCCCAGAAUAGCAGCAGCUUGCUGGGCAGGGAUUGCUGACCCUGUUUCUCUGCUCUUCUGUGACAAGAUUGACUGUGUCCUCCCAUUGCUGCUGGUGUUGCUGUCACCCACGUUACUUGUGGGUGGUGAGGCUGAAGGCUGCAGCUGCAUUCACAGAGGUGUGGGUGGGUGCGAGCCUUGCAGCGCUGCAUCACUCUUUGCUCUGUUCAGCCCUGUGAAGGAAAGCCAGGGAACUUAUUUCCUAUGAGAAAAUAAAGAGCUCUGAGGGGUCUUUUGACAGUGUAUUUACUUUGUUUGCAAAGAGAGCAGAAGGCAGAGAUUGCCACAGCUUGCACAGCAUUGAGGUGUUUGUGUCCUGGGCACAGACUGCUGGCAGGCACUCUGACCCCUCCGAGGAGGGGCUGGUAGCCCAGUGCCCUGUUGCCUGUGAAGUCAGACACAGAAGGCAGCAGCUCACUGGUGUCAGAUUUUGGCUAAGGCUAUCCUUGAAAUGAACCCUCCAGCUCAAGGGAGCUCAAUAUUUGCAGCACCAAAGGCCUCACUGGCAGCUUGUCAGCAGCCUGAGGGCUGCACCUGCUUCACAGAGACUUCUACGUAAAUAUUUCUGAUCAGCAGUGCACACGUGUAACCAUACUUUGCUGUGCCCUUGGCUUGCCCACUGAACAGGAAUUAUGUGUGGUGGGAGUGUCACUACUGCUCUGCUGAUGCUGGGGAGCAUUGCUGGCAGCACCAAGGUGGUUCCAGACUGCCCUGCAGCUCCCGUGCAGUGCUGUAGGGCCGGAGCAGUGUGCCUGGCAUGGGCACGUUGGGAUGUUGCAGCCCUGGAGCAGUGCUGGGGGUUUCUGUCCCUCCCUGGGCUGUACCGCUCCUUGCCCAGCCCAUGCCAUCCUGGCUUUUCCCUAUAGGAGGUCCCAGCUUGAAGCUGCUGUGGGUGUGCUGUUCGUGCAGCUCCAUGCAGGUGUCCGGAACGACACCCAGUGAGCUCCAUGGGCAGCGUUGGAGCUGUUUGAUGGAGGCCGUGUCUGGGUGCUGGGCCCCUGGCGCCGUGGGACUUGGAUAAAUAAAUAUCAUUGGUGCCAUGUUUGCACGAUUAGGGCCAGAGGCCUAGAUCAAGUUUAAUGAGAUUUAUUUUGCUAGUCGGGCCACACAGAUGGCCUGUACUUUGUCUGGGGUUCUAAAAACAUACGGGAGCACAUACAUAUCAGAGUGAGUUUUAGGAGCUUGAGUAAAGUCACAGCAACAGCGUGAGGUCAGUGUGAGGCCUGUUGGGUUGGAUUUGGCAGCACCACACGGGGCUGCUUAACCCCAGGAGCACUGUCUGGGAUGGCUGCAGCCCCACGGCCGCUGUGUUUCCUCUGGCCGCUGCAUGUGGCAGGGCACAGGCAGCACGUGCUGCACGCUGGGAUGGCCAGGGCAGAGCGAGGGGCUGGUCUGGGCUUUGGGUGCAGUGUGACCUUGGCUUUGGCCCUAAGGCCUCUGGAAGUGCAGGCGGUGCCGUGCUGGCUUUGUAAGGGCUGCAGGUGGGAGACACGGGGGAGCCCAGUUAAUGACUGUCUUCUGGUUUAUCUUUCAGAAGAGAAUGAGAAGCACGAGAAGCUCCGCCUGGAGCGGGAGCAGGAGCAGCGGAAGGCCGGUGUGCCGCGGGCCAACCAUGCGGUCCCCCCGGAGGAGCCGCGGGGUGAGCUGCUGGUGCCCAUCUCGCCGCCCGCCCCAGCCCCUCCGCCACCCCCGCCGCUGGCGGCCCCCAUCUCCGUCAUCCCCAUCCCGGUGGUUACCAGCCCGCCGCAGCCUGCCGCCCAGGCCGCCCUGUCCCCGCCGCUGGCUCAGCGCCACCCGCCCCUUGUGAGCACUCCCGGCAUCACCAAGGAGCCGUCCUCCGUGGCCCCGGUCAUCCAGCGGCCGCCGGGCACGCUGCUGCCAGACGGGAAGGCGGGCACGCCGCCGGCGGGCAGCCCAAAGCAGCUGCAGCACUACACGGCGCCCGUCCUGGCCAUCUCGCAGCACCACGUGGUCCCGCAGCCCAUCCAGCCCCAGCCCAUGCCGCACCCGGCCCCACCACUCGGUGCCCUGAAGCUGGCUCCGGCAGAGGACGUGAAACCCAGCGAGCAGAAGAAGAGGCCCGGAGGGGUUGGGACCAGGGAAGUACAUAAUAAAUUGGAGAAAAACAGACGUGCACAUUUGAAAGAAUGCUUUGAGACAUUAAAACGCAACAUCCCCAACGUAGACGACAAGAAGACCUCAAACCUCAGCGUCCUAAGGAGUGCCUUGCGAUACAUCCAGACUUUAAAGAGAAAGGAAAAAGAAUACGAGCAUGAGAUGGAACGGCUGGCAAGGGAGAAGAUCGCUACCCAGCAGCGGCUGGCAGAAUUGAAGAACGAGUUGAGCCAGUGGAUGGACAUCAUGGAGAUUGACAGAAUUGUUCGACAGACAGUUCAGCCAGAGGAUGACCAGGCAUCUACCUCCACAGCGUCAGAGGGUGAAGACAACAUGGAUGAGGACAUGGAAGAUGACAGGCCCGUGAACUCAUUACCAAAACUAGCCCAGCGCCAGCACCCAGAGCUCCUGAAAGCCGUCCCUUCGAACGCUGCUUCCCAUCACCUGGCGGUUCUGCCUCAGCACCUGUCUAUCCAGCAGAAGCAACCCCCAGCCCACGCACAGCCUUCCAUCCAGACACAAGCACUGGUCCAGCCGCAGGCGAUUGUCCCAGCACAGACUCACAUCGUGGCGGCUUCGACAGUGCAAUCGACUGUUAUUGCCCACACCGCCACUACCCACGCUUCGGUCAUUCAGACUGUCAACCACGUCAUUCAGGGUCCACAGACCAAGCACAUUGCUCACAUUGCACCUUCCACAUCCAGCCCUGUGCAACUUACCACUGCUGCUCAGCCUAUCGGCCACAUCACUGUGCACCCGGCCACCAUCAACCACAUGGCCCACCUCGGCCAGCAGCUGCCCAUCUACCCUCAGCCCGUGGCCGUCAGCCAGCCCGUGGUGAGCCACAUCGCUCACACGAUCUCUCACCAGCAAGUGAACGGAACCACAAGUCUUGGCCAGCAGGCGGUGAUGGCCAAGCCGGCGGUAGGAACCCAAGUUGUCCAUCACCCACAGUUAGUUGGGCAAACGGUCCUAAAUCCAGUAACUAUGGUAACCAUGCCAUCAUUCCCAGUGAGCACACUGAAGCUGGCCUAGAGAGAAUCGUCCGAAGGUGAAGUCUCUGUUGGGAACCUUACCUAAACUCCGUACAUUCCAACCACGUCCGACUCCGCGGGGGGGUGCAGAAGGCGCAGAGCGGCGGCACGGGGUGGGCCCGUCCUGCACGCCCAGCAGCCGGCCUGGCCGUGGCGAGAGAGGGGCCUCUCUGCACUUGAGUUUUGUUAAUCUGAGAAAACUUCAAAGACAGUUGUUCAUGGUGAUUUUUUUUCCUUUUAUGUGUAAUCGGUGAAAUAUGGUUAUGAUGUUCUUAAGACUUUAAUUUUCCCCUUUUAUGUGUUGCUUCUUUGUAGAAUAAAUCUGCUGAUCUCUUUAUUGAGACGUUGCGUAGAAUGGGAAAAAAAAUCAUAAAAGUCUAUAUUUAUAUAUAUGUGUGUAUGUGUGUGUAUAUAUAUGUAUAUACAUAUAUAUAUAAAUAUAACAUUUGAAGAAGGCCUUUUGUAAGGUUGAUUAUUUUGCAGGAUUAUUAGUCAAAAUUCAGUUUUGGAGGAAGAAGACACAGUGUCCUCUCUAAACAAGAAACUUUAAGUUAGAUGGUUUGGUGGACCAGGGUACAUAUACAGUGACAAAAAAAAAGGCAAGUUCUGUUCAAGAUAUUUCCCAUCAGUAUAUUACAUUUCAAAAAACCAUCUAAAAUCACUGUGACUUGUUAUGGCAUUUUAAGGAAGUUCUCUGUCCUGUUUAAUAAAAGGAAAAAGAAUACACAACCGGA